UGAGCUGUCUAAACUCGUGGAUCUUCUCUUUGUUUCUUUCCAGUGCUGAAAGCAUCCAAGAGCCGCAUCGUGGAGCACCUCACGUGUAGACCAUUCAGCCAAAGAAUAUAAAUACCCCGUUCAUCAAGCUCGAUCUGCUCCAAUGUUCAGUCCAGCCCACAUUGCACUUACCGCAUCGUCCGAGCUCGAACAAUACCCACCAUAAUCACAAUGAAGAUCGCCACCAUCACCGUGUUUGCGGCGGCUGCUAUGGCAGCUGCUCUUCCCUCGCAGAAACGCGAUGCAGGCGAGUGCCUAGAGAUUUCGAAGCGACUUGACCAGUUCAUUCACUCCACUAGCGACUCAUCGCAAGGACAGGGCGGUGCAUCCGCGGAUGUGACCCGGGUGGUUCUGCGGGAUCUCCAGGAAGCCGCUGCCCGAGUUCAUUCAAACUGUGCCAAGCUUGCGGAAAUUGAUAGGGAUGCCGCGGAAACAUUUCGACAGUCAGAGAGUGAUAGUUCUCGGGCCUUGGAUGAAGUGAAUAAGUCUGGAUAGGAGGAUGGAUAGACGUGAACCAACUGCGGUCCAGUUGAGACUUUACUCGCAUGUUAUUAGCAUGAUAUUGAGAAGCGCUG